GAGAGUCCCAUGCGAGGGAAAAUAAUGGCUUGAAAAACUAAACUAAACUCGCUGAGUGCUGUGCAAAUGUGACCCACAAAACGGCAAAUGCAAGCUCUGUUAGACUGCGUUGACGAAAUAGCCCUAGAUGGCUUGGAUGGUAUGGAAAAAAUGCAAUAUUUCAUGGCUUUCCUGUUUAUUGACGAAGAGGCUUCCAGGCACUGGCUGCAGCCCCUGCUAAACUCUGUUUCUAUCAUAUCAGACAAGGAGCUAAUCCAAAUUAGAGUAUUUGGAUUUUGUCCUUUAGUAAUAUAAUAGACCAUUUAACAGUUGUGGGUUCAGUGCCCCAUGCAGCCUUUGAGUCAACGUGAGGCAAAGUUGACCUUGUUUUGAUACUGUUCAAAUCUCCUUUCUUUUCUUAUGGAAAUUAUGCUGAAAAUACUCGUCAGCAUAAGAACAACUUGAUUUACAUAUGCAUGCAUAUAUAAUAAAGGAGAAAGGGUUGUAUCAAAACAAGGUCAACUCUAGCCUAGCGCCAUUUCCACUCGUAACUGUGCAAUGGACACGGACUAAUCUGAAACCAUAGUCCAAGCAAUGUUUAUUUAUAAUUUAUUAUGGCUUUCACCUCAGUCACAUGCUAAAACCAUGCUUGCUUGCUUGGCUAAUGUUAAUUUACCUAGUGCAUCCAAUGCUCAUUUGCUUGCUUAUGUGGAGUUGCUAAUAGUUGAGCUCAAACACACUGAAUGAAGUCUUUUACUGUGCUAGGCAAAAAAAGGCCAUCAUGUUUUCAUGAAUUGACCGAACAGAAAGUGGUGUUUUGAAGAUCUUUGUGGUCAGUUCUUGAAUCAUUUUCUUGGUUUUGGCACGGAAUUUUGAUGGUAAUGUCUGUGAGUUUGUUUUUUGUGAUGUGUUGAAUUUGAAAUAUAAUCAAAAAAUCAAGCCAUCACCUUAUGCCUCUAAAGUAUUGAUCUUUUCCUUUUGAUGGGUGCAUGUGGAACACAAAGAAGAAAAACAUGCACUCAAAUGAAUGUCCUUUCUCAUAUCCAAAUCAAGCAAGUUGCUUAUCAUUUUCAGUUUGACAAAGGCUUACUUGCUUACUUUCAAGGAGUUGCUUGAGCUUGGUUGCCUGACCUCUUAAGCAAGCAUGCUUGGAGGUGGUCUCUAGUGAGGGUGACCAAGGGGUUAGUCAAUUCCAAGACAGUUAGUGUAACCACCAGCCCUUCCAACCUCACUCCCAGAUGAGACAAUUGUUCAGGGCAUUUGUCAAGUCCAGUAUUAAUUCACCAUGCAUGUUUGUAAUCAAAGGUCUAGUUGCUAGUGGCACAUUUUUCCUUGUUAAACAUCCUAUUUUCUGCCUCUUUUAAAAAGGAAUAUUUACUUUCUCUUCAUGUUUUCAACAAAGUUUUCUAAAUUCUAAAGUGGACCUAUGGUCUUCUUUAUGCAAAAGGAUGCUCUACUCUCCAAACUCUUCUGCAGUGGCUUUGCUUACAUUGUACCCUCUCUGCACUAGACUGUUGUUCAUAAAGGGUGGUAAUAUUUGGACAAAAUAUCAAAUCUCCCUUAUUGCUUAUGUACUCAUAUACCCUACAAAGGUAUAGGCUGUACAGUUAAACAAGUUUUCAAUUUAAACAAAGCAAUGAAUUAUUGUUCUACACAAUUCAGCAACAUUAAGUGUACGAUACCAGUCAUGAUAAAUAUGACUAUACCUGACCAGAGGUCUGUUUUAUUAUAUAUUCUUUCACUGGCUGCAAAUAUUUGAACAGAACCGUUACACUGUAUUCAACUCUAUGCCUUGUUUUGGUCAAUGAACUCUUUGUUUAAGGACCCAUGUUCACCCAAGUGGCUAUGCGUGCCUGUGUUUUUGUUUUUAAAUGCUUCUUUUGUCAAAUUUAGUGUUUUGAUUAGGCAGAGUGUUCACUUUUUUCACACUUGGCCGAAGUGUGACUCCACACACACUGAAGAUGGCAAUUUUCAACUAAACGAAAUCAUCAUUCAACCUGUUUUCAUUAUUGCCUAAUAUAAAAACAAUAUUAUACACCUUUUGAUAACCAUUUUUUGUAGGUUGCCCUAUACUGGAGCUGUGGAAGCAUCUAGAAGAAAAAACACCUCCAUUUUGCCUAAAGUUAGAUGACUCUGCAAAACUCUUUUUGUGGAAAGGCAUUGUCCAGACCAAAGAAGUGGAGUUUUUUGUACUUGAUGAACCCUUGGCUCAUUUAUUUGAUCCUAAAUGUGAUAGUUCGAUUGACAAAAAAAUACUUAAUGCAAGCAAUCCUCUUGAUCAGGUAUUUAUCAGUGUUUUUGGUUUCAAAUGCAAGAAAAAAAGAAGAUGAUGAAAGUGGUGCAAUUUGUUAUAUUUGAGGGUGAAGCAUUCAAACAAAAAUCAAUUGCCAUAGUCCUUACUUUCAUCAAGAAAAGUCACAUUAUUUCUCUGUUGGGGGAUUUCUUGCAUAAUAAAAUAAAAUUUAAAGAUGAUAUGACUUUCAAGGGAUGUUUUUUCAGUUUCAAGGUCCUUUAAAAGACAGCAAUGAGUUUAAGUUGGUGUCAGAACAAGGCAUUAAAGGUUCAUGUCCUACCUACUCUGUACGUAAAAAUAUCACACAAGAGAUACGAAGUCAGGCCAAGUAUCUGGAUUUAGAAGCUGUUUAUCAGAGGUAUGCUUCCAAGCAUCGAAUUUGUUAAAGUCAAUUCUCAAUAGUAAUUUUAGCUUUAAGCUUUUAGCCUCGCUGAUGGGUGAAAUUUUAUGCUUGGCUGCUUUAGUUUAACUUGAACUACUUGCAAAAUAUGAUGUUAUGUCUUUACCACAUUCGAUGUAUGUUUAAGAAAUGUAAAAUGUAAAAAUAAAAGUGUUCUAGAAGUUUUAAAAUCCUGGAAGUAUAUUUCGCUCCUCGAGCCUCAUCAGUCAAUAAAAUUUUAUUGACUGACGUGGCUCAAAGAGUGAAAUAUAUUUUGAGGAUUUUAAAACUUCUAGAACAUUUUUAUUGUUUCCAUUUUGCAUUUCUUAUACUUGCAUGAAAUGUGGUAAAGACGUGAUGUCUUAUUUCGCAAGUAGUUCAAGUUAUUCGAACACAUUCCUAGUCUCCGCAUUUACAAUUUCUCAGAAAUGCUUUAGUUUAGGUACAUACAUACAUACAUUUGUAAUUUAUUCAAGAUGCAUUAAAAUACAAUGGAACCUCUAUUUUACGAAUUCCUUAGUAUAAUGAGUAAUUUUCUGUACCCCAGUAAUAGUAAAAGAUAUGAAAAAGAACAAUUAACAAAACAUCGUUAUACCGAACAAAUUUUGCCAGUUGCUUGGCCCUUCGUUAUAUCAAGGUUCCACUGUAUAUACAAGGUCUAACAGUUAAAAAAGGACAUCUUGAAAGGAAAGUUAUGAGGUAACUCCCCAAAAUAAUAGUCCACUUGAAUAAAUAAAAAGUCAUGAAUAAUUUAUCAUAAUAGCAACUACAAUAAUAGUAAAAGGCCAUUCUUAGUCAAGCAUUGAGAUAAAAUUUUAGCUUGGUUUUAAAUAAUUGAAGGCAGCUAUCAGCUUCUGCCUUCAACAAAUGCAAAGCCACAAAAGUCAAAAGGUAAAUUGGCAAAAUUAACUUAAAGGAAAGUGGAAAAAAAGUUCAAAAUCUGUUCAAUAGCAUUAUUGCUUGAAAUAAUACUUCAUAUACCAAACUAAAGAAAGAACUUUUAGUGUUAUUAGUGGUGUUUUAGAAAGAUUGACAUACAGUGUUACAGUUAUGUAUGGAUUGUAAAGCACAUUCUUUAAAUUUGUAGUUGAAAUUGUAUGUUCUUUUAUGGCUAGAAGGCUUUGAAGGAGUAAUUUACUUUCAUAAUUUAAAUCUUAUUGUUUUAAAAGUGGCAUUUGCCAAGUUUUACAUUGCACUAAUAAUUUAUUUAACUUGUAUCAUGCAAAGUUCUAAAAUAAACAUACUGUGUCUUGAAGUGUACAAACACUAUUCUAUAUAUGUACAUACAUUUAUUUACAUACAUACAUACAUUUAUUGUUGUUCCCUAAAAGGGCUUUUUAGCACCAAUAUUACAUGUAAAAAAGAAUAAUAAUCGUCAACUUAAUAUAAUGAAUGUAUAAUAAUUAAUAUAUUAACAUAAUAUCCUUAAAUAUUCUCUAAAAAUGCACCGUUUAAAUGUACAUGAGUUAGUUAAUGUCAUCAGGUGCUUGCUUAAUCCAUUGCGGAUUUUAACCCCUCUUUAUAGGGAAAACGAUGCUGACUAGUUUCUAAGCGACAACGAGGAAUAUUUAGGUUUUUUCCAGAUUGUGUUACGGUCUCAUUUGAAACUGGUCGCAUAAUUAAUUAUUUAUUUACAAGGUUGUUAAGGCAUUUAAACACCCUUUAUUUCUAAUCUAUCUUUUGGACCUUUGUUUCUCACAGAUGGGGAGACUGCCUUGUUAUGGUGGCUUGCCAAGAGCUCAGAGAGAAAACUCUUUUAGGAGUUGACAUUGAUCCUAAUGUACCAAUUGUUGACUUACAAUACUGUUUACUGGAACACAUUGGACAGGCAAGAUACAAUGGACGCAUGCAAAGAACAAUUGCCUCACAAUAUAUGAAAAUUGAUUCAAAAACAAUCUUUCAUCAUCUGAAAAAAUUACGGAAAUUACGUUUGAUUACUAUGCAGGUGAGUAUUAAGUACUUGUCGUCACAGCUACAGUGGGUUCAAUAGACUUUUUGGGGGAAAUUUUCAUGCAGUUUUUAUCAAGAUAGUGGUGAAUUACUGUAAAAUAAUAGAACAAUAGAGUGUAUUCACAUGACGUCAUGGCAGCCAUAUCGGUGUUCCAGAACAAUGAAACAGCGGCCAUGUUGGUGUACCAAGAUAACCCUGUGAGAAUUGAACUCUUUUUUUAUGUAAAAACUUUCUUUUGUUCGUAUAAAUAUAGGCUAGCCACAUGAGUGAAUAUGUUGUACAAUGUCUGUGCAUGCAUAAACACUUGUGUUAAUUACAACUUACUGCAGACAUCAGUACAUAAAAAACAGCCACACCUUGCUAACGCAUAGUACUUCCCCAAACAUACUGCAUACUGCAGUACCUUCCUUUGUAGUCCACACUUUGGUUUGGCUGUACUGUACACUCAGUACUAAUAUACAACUUUAGGAUCACAUCUGCUAUUUUGGUUUCUUUUUAGAGUAAUUUUACAGAGAGGUGAAGUGUAAGUGCUUCUUUGGCAGCCAUUAUCUCAUUAACCAGUGAAACAAGUGUUUUAUUUUAGCAUCUAGUGACAGAUUGUUUCUAUAACAAUCUGCUAUUAAAAAUGUUUGUACAGUGUACUUGAAUGUCAGAAUAUGUAAAUUUAUUUAAGUCAAUUUCUUAUAGCAAAAUGGCUGAAUUAUGUCUAUAACAUAUAAUUUUAACAAUAAUAUUUUUGUUGAUAUCAGCUUGUUUAAGUUUAUCCUGAAUUUCAGACGAUUACUUUGAGUUGUUUUUUCCUCUCAGCAACUUCUGAAUAGACCGGCUGUUAAUGCUGUCCAGUGACGUCACUACUCCUUUGCUUUAAUUCAUGCAAAAAGUAAAACACAAUUUUCUAAUGGCAAACAAAGAUAUAUCAUCUGGAAAUAUCCACAUGAUGCAGGAUAAUAUUGCUUUACUCUUUCUGAUUCUAAUUCAUAUUUAACUGUCAACUGUAUGCGGUACUCUGAACGAAUCUGUUGUAAUUCAAUAAUCUUGAUUGCAAUCACGCAAUGAAAUAAGCUUAAAUAUACACACGGAAUACUUCCAGAGCACAACAACUUGCUUUAAUUGAGAAGAAACUAUUUGGUCCAUAACAAGAAAGGAAAGCUUACUCAAUCAUUACACUUGACAGUGGAAAUGACAAGAAUGUUGAAUUAUAACUUUAACCCAGAAAACUUCGCACAAACAGACAAAAAAAAGUCACUGCCAAAACCAAAAAGUGGCUGUAAAUGAAAAGCUUACUGACUCUCCACAAUGAUUAUUCAUUUGUAGUUCAAAUUGUCUGAAAUUCAGGCUAAUUUAAGUUAUUAUGUUUUCCAGUGUGACGACAUUCAAAAUAGACCAAAAUGAAAACCAGAAGCAUUCAAUAGAUAAAGUCCUGCGAGGACCCUCGCCAAGAUUCUGGUUAGAGGCAUAUUUUGUAUACAAGACAUCAAAAGCAAUGUUUUACCAAAAUAAAUUUUAUAGAGGUUUAUUGUAUGGAGACUGGUCAGAGAAAUAUUUGUAUACAAGUAUCCAAAGAAAUGUUUUACCAAAAUUAAUUUUAUAGAGGUUUGUGUGGAGUCUGGUCAGAGGAAUAUUUUGUAUACAAGAUAUCCAAAGAAAUGUUUUACCAAAAUUAAUUUUGUAGAGGUUUGCAUGGAGUCACCAUGCUGGUUUCCAUCUGGAUGGGCACCGACAUGGCAGACAGAAACCAACAGAAACAAUCAUCUGUUAUAGAGUUUUGUUACAAAAGUGUGAAUUUAUUCUUCGAGAAACACAUGAACAUUAAAGUAAUCUUUAUCCUAAAAUGUGAACUGUUUAGAUACAUGUAGCAAAUGCCUUGAAAGAAGUCACUUUUUUAACCUGUAUGACAGCUCUUCUCAGCCAUUCAUGUAAAUGCUGCAUCAUGCAAAAGCUUAGAAAUUCAAGCGUACUCUACCACAAAUCCAAGAACCCAUUUCAAAGUGAAAAUUUGUAUGAAAAUUAGUUUUCACCUGCUCUAAUAUACAUCAUGAAAGAAAAAUCUCAGUAGGAUUGAUAGUUUUUUAGUUUGAAUUUUACUUGUUGUUAUGUGAAAACCAACGGUAGGUAACAUAUAGUUUAAGUAUAAAAAUUUUACUUAAAAUUUUCCUGUUGCAGCAACUUGUAAUUACUACAUCUGAUCAAAGCAAACCACCUCUAAAGCUAGGUGUGAGAAACUUUACCACUAACAUAGUCAGACUAAAGCGAUUUCAUGUGCAACAACACCACAAAUAUGAUGUGCUGGCAGCCAACCUCUGCCAGCUAUUACUAGAUUCACCAAACCAGGAAUUACCACUUAUGGAUGUGCUCAAACUCUUGGUAAGCAAUUAUCAAUUAUUUGCUUUACUGUCAUGUUCACCAAUUUGCAUUAUUUACUUUUCAAGUAUGAAAACAAUCAAUGCUUAAUGACUGGAUCUGCAGAGAUCAACCCCACAGUUACUCCCAAAAUUCAGUGAUUAAGUUAUUUAACACACUCAGCACUAAGCAAAAGCUCCAAGUCCAAUUUGUUAUGGAGUAUUGUAUCCAAAGGAUACCCCAUUAAAAAACCGCUAGAACGCUAGCACGAACCGUUAGACCAUUAAGACAAACCGUUACCCAUCUGUUACCUAUUUGUUAGUUUUCUAACGUUUAAUGGAUUAUCGUUAGUGUACGUUUUUGCGUGAGAUGUCACAAAUGAAAAUCUUUACACAUUUGUGGUAAAGCUGAAGAUUAUUAUGUUAGUGCCAAGUGAUUUUUGGUCAUAAUUAUCCCCUGCUGUACAGUGUAAGUAAUAGGCUGUCAAUACAUCAUAGUAAUCUUUCCUGAUAAAGGCAUAUGUAAUAAGCAGAUUCAAUUCAUCUUGUUGAUUUACAGAGUGAGUCUAAGAGCAUGAUUAAGAGAGUAAGGACAUUUCUGCAGCAAGCAGGAUACGUGGUUGAAUCAGACAAAAGUGGAGGGACAGGUGAUUCAUGCAACAAUGAAAGCCCUCCGGAGAAAAAGAAGAAGAAAAAGGAGCCAGGGACUGUCACAACAGGCAUUAAAUUGAAGCUUAUUAAACCAUUUGUGCUAAAAAGUGCUAGCGUUUGGCAUCCUAGUGGUGACGAGGAGGAAGAUGAUGGUGAUGGGGAAGAUGAUGAUGAUAAUGAUGAAGAUGGCAUUGAUGAUGAUAAUGAUUUUGAUGAUGAUUCUAUCAGAAACCAUGAUAAUGAUGAUGGUAUGCUACACUGUCACAGUUUUGUUAUGCCUCAUAGUAAAGCUUUGUCAGUCUUCUAUAUCUUGUCAAUAAUGCAAAUUUAAAACUGAUUGGCUACUUCCCCAUUCUGUAGGCAAACAAUGACAUAUUUAGCUCAAAUAAUCAUUAUUUGACUAUGUAUAAUAAUAAUUAUUGCCUGUAUUAAAGGCUACCUUUUUCUGCUCAAUGUAGAUUACAAUUCAAAUCUUGUUGCUGAGAAGCCUUUGUUGAACCAAGUGUAUAAUGUCAUCUGGCAUGCAGGAUCCCGUGGCUGUACUCUUAAGGUGGGUUUGUUCAGGCAUUGGAAACAUUAAAGGAUAAUCUUGCCACUUGCCAUCUAACAGUAGGACAAAACAACUUACUGUUGAAGACUUUUUAACUGCUAAAGUAUUGUUAAAUGGGUAACCAAUCAACAAUACCCAUAUAUUCUCAGUGGACUCAGUUAAAAUAUAUAUCACAGGUCAAAAUGAAAUUCAGGUUGAUUUUUUUCAACUGAGGUUGAUUCUCAGUUUCCUUUGUCUUGAGGCCCUAGGCCAAGAGCUAGGAGACAAAGAAAAUUGAGAAUCAACCGAGGUCAAAGAAUUUUAUUCUGAAUUUCAUUUUGACCUGUAACAUAUACAUAUUCAUUCAUACUUUGUGAUGUGAACAUUGCAGAAAAUGUUCAAGUGUUUAGGGAGCAUUAUGGUACUUACGGUCUGCCUGUGAAUAAACCAAUUUAUGAGAUCACAAUGUUCAUAGUGUGUGACAUUAUGUUGCCUCAGACGGUUUGGAUGGUCCACCUGAGCUUUAUCUCAUUUUGCUCUUUUUGCAGAAAAUCCAAAGGCUGUGUAGGCUUCCAUUUUUUGAUGUCAGACUUUUUGUCAAAAAACUAAAGUCUAAAAACUUAGUGCAAGAAGUUUUUGAAGACAUUGCCAAAAUAAGAGUUGUAUGGUAAGUGUUGCCUGAUUUGCAUGCAUUACUUUUUGUACCAUGAGGGUAAGAUUUAGACAGUACAGCACAGCACAGCAUACACCUCUUUGCUUGUUCAAAAGAGACAUUAAUGUCUGUUUUGUGAUAUAUUUAUCCAAGGGUCCCAUGGAUACUUUGACUUUGCAAACAGCAUCUUCUUUGUCAACAUAUUGUUUGGACAAUAAACAGCAUCCCCAUGCAUUCAUCUGAUUGCUUAACGAAAUGAAGGACAACAAUAAAACAUCCAAUAAUACUUGGAUGAUGACUUGCAUGUUCACUUUGUUUGUUUCAGGUGUUAAAUAAUUUUCUGUUUUUACUGAUAUGUCAAGGUUUGUGGCAACUCCAUUUGUAGAAAGCAAUACUCAGACAGUGAAAGUAAAACAAGUACAAGAUCAGCUAAAGCAUAUAGAAACAAGGGCUUUGGAUCAGACACAAGACCAACAAGGAUUAAUAUCAAAAGAAAUAUCCCAACCAUCAUCAAGUGGCCACCAUCCAGCUACAGCUUCUGGUUUGUUAUUUUAUUUUCAUUUUUUUUCCCUCUUUUUUUUUCAUUAUUUUUGAUCAUCAGCACAGAAUUUCAUAUGGGACAGUUGCAAUGUACAUAUCUGUUCUCGUAAAUAAGACAGUUACAAUAUUCCCUGCUAACAUUACUCUUAGAUACAAAAAUGCAAAGGAAAAUAUAUCAGUGUGUAUUUUGCAAAGUAUUGAGCAUGACGUUUGUGACCAUUAUUUUGUAAAUUUGUAUAUAGUUGGUGGUAGUCCAUAAAUGGUGGUUUAGUCAGCUACAUUAAACUAAAGUUUUUUAGUUGUAAAAAUACUAUAAUAAUUUUUAAGGCAAUCUUACACUUACCUUUUUAUAGCAUGCCUUGAUGUAUAUUAUAUUUAACAAAUAAUAAUUUUCUCACCAGAUUUACUGGAUGUUAAAGAAAGGAAAGCAGUAAAGGGUAAAUCUCUGCUAGGUAGGAGUGAUUAAGUUUGUCUUACAUAUAACGUAGCCCCAGAGCUAAGUAAAUCUAUCCAUCCUAGAAAAUUUGGUAAUCACCUGACUGUACACCAACUGCCCGACCAACCGACUGACAGUCCGACUGACUGUCCAAUCGACCGUCCGUCUGCACCACAGGGAAGCCAAUGUUUAAUCUCACACUUUCUAGCUAGUUUGGGAGCCCAGGUGCAACCUGAUAUUGUCUAUCCAUAUUGUGAUCAACUGGCAGCUGUCAAAACAGGGUAUAUGCUGAACAGUAUCACCUGACCUUAUCACGGGCUCAGGUAUCUACUCAUCAAGGUCAAGUAUUUUCUUGAAGUCAUAUCUACCGACAAGUUACUAGUCUUAAAAUGAUCGCAGGCUCAAGUUCAAUUUGUUUUAAUGCAUAGGAAAUAAGUGGUGUUUAUGAGCUGCACUAGUAAAAUUUUGAUUUCAAACUGGCCUUGGACACAAAAGUUCAGCCAGCUAUAACAGGCAGGAAGGCAGUUGCUUUUGAAAUUUCUUACCAUGGUCUCCACCAGACUUUUACGCUCUGAUUGGUCAAAGUUUAACAGGUGAGUUCAUUCGCAAAAUAUAUGCAGCAUCUGGAAACUUGUUUAUUGACAGAUAAGGCUGGCAGAGGUUUGCGUCAUCUUGUGAUCCGUUUUUAUCUGUCUUUUUCCACUGGAUGUACAAAGUGAAAUGCAGUUGCUAUCAAGAUUCUGCUGUUAUUCAUGGCUGGUUUGUUUACUGGCUUUUUGGUUGGGAAAUGUGCGGCUUGUCAAAGUCAUCAGCGAUUUCGGAUGGCAUCGUUUUCAUUUUUCACUUUGCUUGCUCAACUCACAGCUUGCACAAAUUGGCGCUUGUCAAAAGUGAGAACUGGAUGUCCAUAUAGGUGAUAUCAUACCACAUAGGAGCAGAUUGCUCUGACUGAACAGUCCUGACAUGAAAACGUUUUAUAAGGUGGUACUCAAAGGAAGUGCAUGCUCCAAUCGUCUUGCCUAUUGAAUGAGUGCAAUUGGUCUUGUAAAAUGGUGAAAAACUGCAUUCUGUCCGGGGUCUGCCUCAUAGUACUGUACUGUACUCGGAUGUGAUGGAUGAAAAGUAUAUUAGCACUAGCCGUUGGCUAGGAAGUGCAGGCAAAACUUCUUUCAUAUGUAGGUGAAUGCCUUUCAUCUCGCGUCAUGGAAACUGGAUUGAACAACACAGUAAACAAGACUCGUAUAAUUACUUAAUUUAACAAUUUUAUUUGCAGUUGAUUAGAUACAAUUAGCCUGCAAUAUUUCUGAAGUGAUCAGCGAGGAAAGGCGUUUGUAUUUGAUUCGCCGGAAAAGAUACAUUGAAACAGUAAUGCGUGACACAAGUAAUGUGGGUAUACAGUCAUGCACAAAGUCUUGUUAUUCAAUUGAAUACUCAAUCCAUGUUCAAUGACCAAAGGCCGUUGAUAUGCGAUAUAAUGAAACAGCUUAAAUUACCACUGGAGUUUAAGCCUUAUUAAAGCUUUCAGAUGGCAGGCGACCUAACAUGCUUGAAAACAAAUAAAAAUAUAAAAACCCUAAGAAACCAUGCACCGUAGUGAAACCUGAAUAAACAUUAUAAUUUACAUCAGUUUCUAGAAUUUGCUAGCACUCGUAUCUCACCAAAAACUUAUCCCACACUAAGCUGAGAUCAGGCUCUACUUUUAUUUUUAUGGGUAAAAAGAUUCCAGGCCAGCAAGGCGAAUCGAAAAGUCUCCCAUUUAGUGUAAAACUUGUGUACCUGAAUUACCUGUGCUAGCAAAUCGAAUGUGUAAUAAUGAUUGUUGCACCACUUGCAUAUACAUUCACGUGAUUACUGUGACUUCAGACGGGCCUUGAACUAAACACCAGGGCCCGGUUGCAUAAAACGCCCGUAACAGUUAUGGGUAUACGUACGUGUACUCGUAACUUAAGUGAGUUGCAUUAAAUCGUUUACGUGGUUCACUUAAGUGGCUGCACUUACGAUUUUCGAAAGUAUCCACUUAAGUGUCAUUUAUGCAACAGAAAUUGCGGGUGUUGCAUAAAACCUUUUUUACGGGAAAAUUAGCACUUAAAUUUACGGGACCUAUGUAGGUCCCGUAUCCUUACUGUUUUUACUAAAGUUAGCGAGAUCUUUUACCGAGAAGUGAAAAAAAAUUGUUUUUUCUUUACAUAAUUCCGUUCUAAUGCACUUUGUUAACCUCUGAUGUACAAUUUAAAGCCGUUGUUAAGAAAACAGAAGAAAAACAAACAUUUCCAGUGGAUAUUGAAGUAAAAUAACGAUUUCAUGUAAACUUUAUUUGAAUGAGAGGCUUAAAAAGGUGUUCGAAACGACUUGACACUUUCUUUACAUUCACGGAUGGUUUACUUAAUUUAAAAAAAUAGAGUGAGUCAAAUUAACAAUUAAAAGUACUAUAACAAAGUUACGUGUGCCCUUAAGUGAGCCCGUAAGUUACCACGUAAAACAGAAACUUACGAGAGUGCUAAGUGUGUUCCAUGCAACACCCAUAAGUGUACCCAUAACGGAUUCUUAAGUGACCUACUUAAGUGGGCACUUAAGUGUAGGUUUUAUGCAACCGGGCCCAGGACCUUUGAGGCCACAUACCAUUCAUACCAUGCAUAUUAGUCAGUGCAACACAGGAAUGUGAACAGAUUGGGAAAAAAUCCGGCUAUACAACUAAAAGAGUGCCACUGACCAAGAAUAGGUGGCAAGCUCCUUUUGUCGCCCGCAAAAAGG